AUGACCUUUAGCAACUCGAGCGGCCCGGCGUCGCAAGCAAACAGCCGACCUGAAUCGGACGUUGACGAUGACACCCCGUCGCGGACCCCAGCCAUGUCUGAAGACGAAGAAGCACUUCCGCUGUCGAAGAAACCGACCCCGACCAAGAAAAUGGCGCCGUCGAUCAAGCCCUUGGCUGCGCCACCCGCUCGGGAUGGGUUGGAUGAUGACCUGGAUGACAUGCUGAACGAGGACAUGGACGACGAGGACGGCGACGGCGGCGGGCAGUCGCUCCAGUCGAACCCACAGUACUUGACCUUGCUCAACAACCGCGCGCAACAGACCAAGAAAAUUUCCGACCUGCGCAAAGACAUUAGCAAGAUGGCGGCCAACAUCACGUCGAUGGCAAACCCCGUGAUGAAACAGCGUCUCCAGGCGCAAAAGGAAUCGCUGGAAGGCGAGUUGGCCGACGUGCAAGCGGCCCUCGAUGCCACGACAGAGGAUAUUCAGCGCAUGGAGGGCGGCAACUAG